UAUUGCAUUCGUUGCGAUUCCCGAUUCAAUCCGGUUUCGCAAGAAUCUGCACAGCCCUAUUAGAAACACUUAAUUACUUAGAAAGACAGUGAUUCGUAGUGAUAAUUCACUUUCGUACUGAUUAUUAUUUUACAAAAAAGCGAAAAAAAAAAAUCUUCUGGGUAAAUGCAAAACUGAGUCGAGUGAGCUUUCCACGCCGGGCGGUUAUGAGUUGCUAUCGUGUGUCUUCCUGUGAAACCCGAAGCAAGAUUGGAGGAGAAAGGAGAGAGAUAGAGUAGGGUAAGGAGCAUGGGGGAUCUGUUUGUAUGGCUCAUAUCGUUCUUCUUCCUUGUAGCCCUAAUAGUCAUCCUCGUCUUCCAGCUCAUGUGCUUAGCAGAUUUGGAGUUUGAUUAUAUCAAUCCUUAUGACUCCUCAUCUCGGAUAAACAAAGUUAUAUUGCCGGAGUAUGUAACCGAAGGAGUUUUAUGCUUGUUAUAUCUCCUAACCGGGCAUUGGUUUAUGUCACUAUUGUGUGUUCCAUACCUUUACUACAAUGCGAGGCUUUACACACGAAGGCAGCAUCUGGUAGAUGUGACUGAGAUAUUCAACUUGCUUCACUGGGAAAAGAAGCAGCGACUUUUCAAACUCUUCUAUCUCAUUUUUCUCCUCUUUCUGACAAUUUUCUGGAUGAUUUUUACUGCAUUGGAAGACCAUGACAUUGAAUAGUUGGGUGCUCACAUGCGUCACUGUGAUAUUCAAUGGGAGUGCUGGUUUCCAUAAACUACCGGCAUGUAUGCAUGAUUAGGACAAGGUGGUCUGCUGUAAUUGAUAUAGUUCACGUUCCAGGAUUAAGUGAUCAUAAGAUUUUCCGUUGAUUUAUUAAAUUAUAGUUUAAGAGGCUGUACAUUUCUUGGCCUUUGGCUAAUGUGAAAUGCUUUUGAGGGUUUCUAUUCAGUUCAUUUAUCUCUUC